GGACUCCACCGCGCCUCCCAGGGGCUCCGACACCAACCCAAGAUUCGUGGUCAUUUGUUCCCAUGGUUUCACGGCACAAUGAGGCACACUGGCUCUUGGAAACUGUGGAUCUGGGUGGCAAUGUUCCUGCUUCCUGCUUUCACUUGUGUGACGGUCAGGGACAAGUCAGAAAGUACCUGCCCGAUACUGAGGAUGGAGGGAUAUCAAGAUGACAGAAGCAAACUUCAGGUUUCAGGCUUUGAUCUUGGAGAGAGUUUUGCUCUGAGGCGUGCAUUUUGUGAAGGUGAUAAAACCUGUUUCAAAUUGGGAAGUGCCCUUCUUCUCAGAGACACUGGUAAGAUAUUUCCUAGAGGCCUUCCUGAGGAGUACUCCGUAGCAGUCAUGUUUCGAGUACGAAGAAGCACCAAGAAGGAGCGGUGGUUUUUAUGGCGGAUUUUAAACCAGCAGAAUAUGCCACAGAUUUCUAUAGUGAUUGAUGGGACAAAGAAGGUGAUAGAAUUUAUGUUCCGUGGUGCUGAGGGAGAUCUGUUGAACUACGUUUUUAAGAAUCGAGAACUCCGCCCUCUCUUCGAUCGUCAGUGGCAUAAACUUGGCAUUGGUGUGCAAUCCCGAGUCCUUUCUCUCUAUAUGGAUUGUAAUCUAAUUGCAAGCCGGCACACGGAAGAGAAGGACUCUGUGGAUUUUCAUGGGAAGACAGUUAUUGCCACGCGAGCUUCAGAUGGCAAGCCUGUGGACAUUGAACUUCACCGGCUCAUAAUCUCCUGCAAUGCAGACUUCCUAGCUAAGGAAUCAUGCUGUGACCUAGCAGCUACUAAGUGCCCUGAGCAAGACAACCUUGGAAGUACCACUCCAUCAUGGGUGACCACUGGUGAAAUGUCUUUAUAUCUGCCGGGAAAGCAGGAACUUAAAGACCCAUGCCAGUGCAUCCCGAUCAAGGAGGAAGCAGGCUCACCAACUCUGGGUUCCCUUGGACCUAAAGGGGACAAAGGAGAACCGGGUGAAAAUGGCAUCCAUGGUCUCCCAGGCUUACUUGGUCAAAAGGGAGAACAAGGACUUGAAGGCACCAAAGGAGAAACUGGUGAAAAGGGUUUCAAAGGUGACUUGGGUCCUCAAGGUCCACCUGGCCCAAAAGGAGAAAAGGGUGAUAUGGGACCUCCAGGGCCACCAGCCUCAACUGCUUCCAUAGGGAUACAAGGCCCCCAAGGUCCACCUGGAAAAGAAGGUCAAAGGGGAAGACGAGGGAAGACAGGUCCUCCAGGAAACCCAGGCCCUCCAGGACCACCAGGACCUCCUGGGCUGCAAGGACUACAGCAGACUUUUGGCGGCUACGUCAGUAAGGGAACUGGUGAACACGAAGCUGGUGGCCCAAAAGGAGAAAAGGGUGACUCUGGGAUGCCAGGAUUUCCAGGGUCUGUUGGCCCUAAAGGACAGAAAGGAGAACCCGGGGAGCCUUUAACCAGAGGUGAAAAGGGAGAUAGGGGAGAGCCCGGCCUUUUAGGACCACAGGGAAUGAAGGGGGAACCUGGAGACGCUGGUCCCCCUGGUCUAACAGGGAGCCCAGGGCUAAAGGGUCAGCAAGGACCUGCAGGUUCCAUGGGGCCCAGAGGACCACCAGGAGAUGUUGGAUUGCCAGGAGAACAUGGUAUCCCAGGGAUACAAGGCAUUAAAGGAGAGAAGGGAGAUGCAGGUGGAAGGCUAGGUCCUCCUGGACUUCCAGGUCCAAAGGGUGAUGCUGGGCCUCCAGGGAAAAGCCUGCCAGGGAAACCAGGAUUAGAUGGAAAUCCUGGUGCACCUGGCCCACGUGGUCCAAAGGGAGAAAGAGGACUACCGGGUAUCCAUGGCUCCCCUGGGGACACAGGCCCACCAGGGGUGGGAAUCCCUGGCAGGACGGGCUCCCAAGGACCCGCCGGAGAGCCAGGUAUUCAGGGUCCUCGAGGUCUGCCCGGAUUGCCAGGAACUCCAGGGACCCCAGGGAAUGAUGGACCUCCAGGGAGAGACGGGAAGCCAGGCCUUCCAGGCCCCCCAGGUGACCCGAUUGCACUUCCUCUCUUGGGAGACAUUGGCGCCUUGCUGAAGAACUUCUGUGGAAACUGUCCAGCCAGUGUUCCCGGGCUGAAGAGCAACAAAGGGGAUGAAGGAGGCACUGGGGAACCUGGAAAAUACAAUUCAGCAGCCAGGAAGGGGGAUGCAGGACCACGGGGUCCUCCAGGAGUCCCAGGCAGAGAGGGGCCAAAGGGAAGCAAAGGAGAGCGGGGCUACCCUGGAGUGCAUGGGGAGAAAGGCGAUGAGGGUCUUCAAGGAAUCCCUGGCCUCUCAGGAGCUCCUGGCCCAACUGGACCUCCUGGCUUAGCAGGAAGAACCGGACACCCCGGUCCCACUGGAGCCAAAGGUGACAAGGGCAGCGAGGGGCCACCUGGGAAACCUGGACCUCCUGGACCCCCUGGUGUCCCGCUCAAUGAAGGAAACGGCAUGAGCAGUUUGUACAAAAUCCAGGGAGGAAUGAAUGUUCCCAGUUACCCAGGACCCCCGGGACCCCCUGGCCCAAAAGGUGAUCCCGGCCCAGUGGGAGAGCCUGGUGCGAUGGGCUUGCCAGGACUGGAAGGAUUUCCUGGUGUAAAGGGAGAUCGAGGCCCAGCAGGUCCCCCAGGAAUAGCCGGCAUGUCGGGGAAACCUGGUGCCCCAGGCCCUCCAGGAGUCCCAGGGGAGCCGGGUGAGAGAGGGCCUGUUGGAGAUCCAGGUUUUCCUGGACCAGAGGGACCAGAGGGGAGACCAGGCAUAAAUGGAAAAGAUGGAUUACCAGGUGCUCAGGGCAUCAUGGGUAAACCUGGAGACAGAGGCCCCAAAGGAGAGCGCGGUAACAUCUCUUUCCUCUCUAUAAAGAGGAUGGCUGUGUUUCUGUCCCAACUUAAGCUGCCAGCAGCAAUGCUGUCCGCUCAAGCUCAAGGGAGGCCUGGCCCACCCGGGAAGGAUGGGUUACCUGGACCCCCGGGAGACCCCGGGCCCCAAGGCUACAGAGGACAGAAGGGGGAAAGAGGAGAACCUGGGAUUGGGCUGCCAGGGAGUCCAGGCCUUCCUGGAUCUUCAGCAGGUUUGCCAGGUUCACCAGGGGCCCCAGGGCCUCAAGGACCCCCAGGCCCCAGUGGAAGGUGUAAUCCAGAAGACUGCCUCUAUCCUAUGACUUCUGCCCAGCAGAAGGCAGGUGGAAAAUGAACACUACAGAGGAAGACUCGUUCCUGGUGAGAUCGCCGUGCCAUUAGAGCCGUUGAUCCGUGCUUUACAGCCACAUGCUGUCAAGGCCUAUGAUUUCUGAAUCGUUUUUCUUUGCCUUUUUUUUUCUGCCUCUGAUGUGGCACAAACAUCUGAAGCCACCAUCUGAAUCCUAUCCUGACAGUAAUUGGAAAUCAGUAUUUUCAGAUGUUUCCCAACUUCAUUCUGUGUGUUUUUGCUUUACCGUGGCUAUGAGUUCUACUCAGUUUCAUAUGAAAAUGCAAGCGAGCCUGUCACGGGUUCUUCAGAAGAAAUCCCAUGAGGUGAUAUGGGCCACAGACGACAUACAGUUUGUGAACUCAUCAACAUGGUUAGACUUUGAUUUCUGAACUUGAAUUUUUGAAAUUUAUAUUGAUAUUUUCUUCAUAUUUAAAUUUACAAUUGUUGCUUGAAAGUCAUCUUUCUGCUCUUUUGAGACUGAGACAGCAUAUUACUGCUGUUGACUGUCCUAUGACUGAUUUUUUUAUGAGAAGUCUUAUACCAUUCUACAUUCAUUCUGUUUAUACAGAAAAAUAGGCAAUAAGAGAUCCACUUUUAAGUUAUUUUUCAAAGGACAAACUAUGGGAGACUCUUUAUCAGGGAGCCCCCAAACUCAGCAUAGCUAACCGUCGAAAUGACUUUGCGUCUUCCUUGCUGUGAGCUCAAUUUGAAGUACUCCUCAAGACAUUGAACAUAUCCUACAAGAGAAAGAAGGAACCAAACUAACCCUAUGCUCACUGCUCACUUCAAUGAGUCUCCAGUGAUGGAGAAAGUGGUUUUUCCCUAAGAGGUGUUUGGUGGUGAAGUCAAAGUACCAAGUACCAAGUCUUUGGAUUUUGACAAACUUUAGUAGCCUGGCAAGACUUUUGUGCUCUUUCAUGAAUUAUUUCUGACUUUGUGAUCCCCAGACCCACCAUUGGGGCAAAGCACAGGACUUGUAGUGACAGAAACAGAAGAGUCCUCACCUUGCAAAGUGAGGGUGAAGCGCCAGCCAAUGAAUAGGUGGAGCACACGCCGUCCUAAGGAGAAUCAUGGAUGUCUGUUUAGAAAGAGUCCGGUUCUGCAAAGAAAAGAUGGAGAUUCUACGUGAAAGGCUCUCCAUACCUACAGUGUUAUGGGUUUGGAGAUUUCGCUCAGUUGUAGAGCACUUUCCUGGUAAGCUCAAGGCCUUGGGUUCCAUCCUCAGCUCUGGGGGAGAAAAUAAAAAAACAAACAUAUGCUCUAAAAGGAAGCAAAACUCCAGUGGGGUUAGCUGAAUUAUCCAACGGUAUUUUAUACUCCCUACCCAUUCAUUGUUUGGAGCAACUUUUUGUUGCUUGUCUAGAAUAUUUAGCACAAGGACGGACGUUGCUGGGAUCUAAUUCAUUGGAUUUCCCCAGAAGCUGAGUGCACACCACCAGAGCCCUCCGGUCACAGAGACUAAUUCACACCUCAAGGAGCAGCACAUAUUCCACAGGAUAGGACGGUGUUUUCUACCUACUAAUUAAAGCAGGCAAUGAAUUUACGAAAGCAAGCCCCCUGAGAUUGGGAAAGCUGUGAAGGGUUUUCCCGGGAAGCAUGCCUGACGUAAGGCAGAGUUUGUUCAAACGCACCCAUAAUUUGAACUGACUUUCCUUACAAAUAGAUGAGCUGCUGGCCGGGUACCGUCAACAUAAUUGUGCAUAAAUAUAGCUUUUUAGGUAUUUAAUAUUGAGUUUUCGCUGUGUAUUUCCUUCCAAGUUUAUUUAUUUUCCAAGUCUACUUUAUUUAUUCCCAAUGUUUUAAACAUUUUGUUGCUUAUUCUUUUAUUUUCUUUCUUAUGCAAUACCUGCAAUGGUGCUGUGUUUUAAACUCAUGCAAUUGGAAGAUGCAGACAUUUGUAUAUGUAUCUUCAUAAUCAAACGACAGUCUACCCCCCCAUGUACAUAAAGUGAAAAGAUGGUGCUAUGUGUAUAUUUUGAGCUUUCAAUUUGUUAAAUUUUCU